AUGACUCAUCGACCAUUAGUCACGAACCUUAUACUCUUCGAUCUUAAUUUCCUACUAAAUCUUAUCGUUGAUCCUUUCGCAGCAACCUUCCGAGACGAAGGCUUAUCCGACGACUACUUUUACCCUUUCCGACCUAACAUGAGGGUGACAAAAUGCACAGAAUCGACCAAGGUAACGGUGAGCCUACACCAGCGCAAUCAACUUCCCAAGGCUGCAACUCACACAUUGAUCCAGGAUACCGACGACCCCAGCAGCGACUCAGAGCAUAGUGCAGCUUCAACUUCGCCAUUAGAAGACUGCGCCAUGAGGGGCGAAGUUGCGCAAGGACAGAACGUUUCCAAUUUUUGCGAGGAAUCCAAAGCAUCCCCAGCUUCAGUCAGGCUACCGUAUGUUGCGCUCGACCCCGAAGCUAUGAAGUGGUUGCCCUGGUCAAACGACCCCGCCAACCUGUACCUAAGCGUGUACUUCAAUGCAACAGUACCGAACUUGUCGGCAGAAUUCAACGUCGGUGGCCUUCGACCGGUAGUUAAAGAAGAUGACAGCGAUAUGUUUAUCUUGCAGGACGCAAAGAACUACUUCUACUUCUGGGAAGCUUGGGAUGGACGCCUUUUAAGGGUGAAAGACACAUGGACUGAAGGCUUUGAUUCGAACGAGGAGAUUAUAGAGAAUCUCAUUAUUUACCAGUCUUUCGUCGAGCGGGAUGCGGUUGUUGUAGAUAAUGACCGGAAGGAGGACUCAAGACGGACCAAGUAG